CGGUUGGGGGGGGACUAGAAGACCUCAAAGGUCCCUUCCAACUUUGUCAUUCUGUCUUCCUCUGCAGGAUCAAUUUGACACCCUCGAAAAACACACCCAGUGGGGUAUCGACAUUCUGGAAAAAUAUAUCAAAUUCGUCAAAGACCGGACUGAAAUUGAGAUCAAUUAUGCAAAGCAGCUUAGGAACCUCGCCAAGAAAUACCAGCCCAAAAAGAACUCCAAAGAAGAGGAUGAAUACACGUAUUCAUCAUGUCAAGCUUUCCUGGCAACUUUGAACGAAAUGAACGAUUACGCCGGUCAACACGAGGUCAUUUCAGAGAACAUGACCUCCCAAAUCACCACCGAGUUAGCCCGUUAUGUACAAGAACUCAAGCAGGAAAGAAAAUCGGUAAGGACGUUUCUCCGUUAAAACUUUCUGAUUUCUUUGC